CUCUCCGGCCCCGGAGGGGGCGGAACCGGCUCCUGGCUGGGAGGAGGCGCCGUCGCUAGGGCAGGGAGCUGGUAAACGGAGCAGGUCGCUCCCUUAGCAACGGGCUCGGGCCGAGCCUCCCCGGUGCGAGCUGCGGCGGCGGUGGGGCCGGGGCUGCCCCUGGCCUCCGGGCCCCGCGCUGGGCACAGGCGGGGAUGGCGGCGGGUGGAGCCCCCAGCAGCCCGGAGCCCUCCAUGCACAGACACAGACCCGCCUCCGAGCGGACUCAGGACAUUUCCCAUGUGUUGACUAGCGUCUUUAAGAGCAUGUAUACUGCAGAUGUUAUAGGGAUGGACACUGGAACAAAUCUGAUCAAGUCCCGUGGAGGAGACAAUCUCUAUCAUGAGAAGUUUGUGGAGGAGCUGCAAAAGAUUCAUACUGAAUAUAACCAUCGACUAACAGAAGUUGACAUGGUAGAAAAGCACAUCAUUCAGGCAAGAGCUCGAGCAACAGCAGCAGAAGAAAGGGCUCUGAACAUGUUGAAGGUAGAUGUUGGGGAGGACUUCCACAACAUUGGAUUGCCACCAGUGAAGUCCUCCUUCAGAUGGUGUGUGGAUAAUGACCUUCUCAAAAAACAUAAUUUAAUCUGCCCUGAAGAUUACAUCACUGAUAGAAUACCCAUUACCAAAGCACCUAAAGGAAAAAAAGAGCCUGACUAUAUCAAGGAGACGCUUAGUUUUAAACAACACAUUUCUACAAGUCCAAGGGAUCAGAAACAUACAGAAAUCCCACACUUGAGGAAAACAUUAGAUAGUCUGCCAGAUGUAUCUUUAUCCACCUUAACGCUGUCUUCAACUCCUGAGCCUAGACAUCAGACUAAGAAGCCAUCAAGUAAGAAAUCUAGCUCCUCUCACAAAUCAGUCUGGAAAGAUGAUAUGUACAAAGCGGAUAGAGAACAAGACCGCGUUUACCUUGCCAGACUUGAGAACCGACACAAUUACCUGAAGAAUCCACGCUUUUUCCCACCCAAUACUCUUAAUGGAGGAAAAUCUCUUAUUUUUCCUCAGAAGAAGGUAGAGCGAAUGAUAACAGGAAGAAAAGUGGCAUUUAAUGAAAGUGAUCCUCGAUCUGUUCCUGUAUUUCUAGCUACCCCGCCCGCUGUUUUGUUUUCUGAGUAUGAAGUUGGUCAGGUUUAUGAGAUGACUAUAGAGCUGCAGAACAUGACUUCAGUGUGUCGCCAUGUAAGAGUCAUUCCUCCAUCUACUUCAGCCUUUGCCAUUGGACUGGGAAGAUUUCCAGGAGAGGGUGGAAUUGUCGCUCCUGGGAUGACUUGCCAGUACACCAUUCAGUUUAUUCCUGAAUAUUUAGCUGAUUAUGAAGAUUAUAUUCUAGUGGAGAUGCAAGCACCAUACUCUCUCCUAAUCCCUAUAGAAGCUAGGAGACCACCUCCCGUAUUAACAUUGCCUCGCAUCAUCGAUUGUGGUUCCUGCCUUGUGGGGGGAGUAAAAAUGACAGAACUUGUGUGCAGAAAUGAAGGGUCCAGUAAUGGAAAGUUCUGUAUAAUGCCAAAGAAAGUAUGGCCACCUCCUAAUUUCAUGGCUGUUGCAACUAUUGGUUUUGUGGAGCAAGGUCCAUUUGGGCUCCAACCUGCUGUUUUUGAGCUAGGUCCAGAUCAAGCUAUUUUAUUAGAGGUAGCGUUUUCCCCAUCUUCUCCUGAAAACCUGAAGCAAACAUUCACUAUUGUUUGUGAUAAUUGCCAGAUCAAUGACAUCACAGUUACAGGAAGUGGACAGCUAAUCGCUUUAGAGCUUUUAUCUGUCACUGGUGGAGAAAGCCACCCGGCCCCUGGUGAGCCUACAGACAUAGCAGCACAGCACCUCAUACGUUUUGACCCCCAAAAUCCACAUGCCACAGCAGAGAAGAAACUCCUUAUAAGAAAUUCUACUCAUGUGGAACUUCCUUUCUACUGGCAGAUAAUGAAGCCUAAUCUGCAACCAUUAAUGCCUGACGAAACUGGGGACCUUGCAAAGGUCAAGUACCAUCUAGAUGUAGAGUCAGCUUUCUCUCUAAAUCCUAACCUGGGAAUUCUGCAGCCCCACACUGAUCACGAGUUUACUCUCACUUAUGCUCCUCAGGAGCUGAAAGAUUAUCACAGUGUGAUUCAAAUUGUGCUGAGGGACAUCCCAGAGCCACCUAGCUCAGAAAAGCAGGUGAUGCUAGGAAAUUCAGAAUCCAAAACAGAUGAUGUGAUUGCACUGGAAAUAGAAGUUAAAGGUUCAACAGAACCAUUUCAACUCCUUUUGGAACCAUAUGUCAUUAUCAUCCCUGGAGAAAACUUUAUUGGCGUAAAUGUAAAAAAAGCAUUUAAGAUGUGGAAUAACAGCAAAUCAUCCAUCAAAUAUACAUGGGGGAAAAUCAGUUCACGUGAUAUAGUUGAAGUUGAACCUCAUACUGGAGUGUUAGAUGCCAGUGAAUUCUGUGAAUUUGAAUUGAAUUUUACUGGAGGCAAACCUGGAUAUGCCAGCCAUAAUCUGCACUGUAAAAUCGAACACUCUGUGGAGCCAGUUGUGCUGCAUGUGGAGGCUGCUUUUAAGGGUCCAGCUCUCUCUAUCAAUGUUCCAUCACUCCAUUUAGGUUUAAUUAAAUUGGGAGAAAAUGUGUUAAGUACCUUUGAGAUUCAAAACCUAAGUCAAUUGCCAGCAUGGUGGAGAAUGCAAGAAAGUCAAGCUUGCUUAGCUGAAAGGAACGAAGAUGCAUCCCCAUUCACGAUUCAGCCAUCUGAUGGAGAAUUACCUCCUUUGGGCAAAUGCAGUGUGUCAGUUCUGUUCAGGUCCUUGCUAUGUCAACGUCUCCAGACAGUAUUAGAGCUAGAUGUCGAAAAUGGAGAAGGAAGUCAUCUUCCUGUUUUUGUUGAAGUUCAGACCCCCCAAGCAUGUCUGAUGUCUAGUCACUUGGUGUUCAGUGAAAUUUAUAUUGGAGUUCCAGCACAAGCAACUGUCAAACUCUUUAACCAGACACUGCUGCCAGCAAAAUACUUUUGGGAAGAGCUUAUCGGAAGUCAGUCAGCUUUCUGCUCUGCCACUGUCUCCCCAAGAAGUGGCACUUUGGGCCCACAUGAAGAAAAAGAAUUGUGUAUAGAGCUAACAGCUAAUAUUAUGGAUGAGCUGAACGACCUUACCCUCUGCUGUAGCAUAGAAGAUAUGAUUGAACCUCUUUUUCUGGGCAUUUCUGGCCAAGUAAAGGGACUACAUGUUACAUACUUGAUACCUUGUGACAGUAAAGUUACCAGGAGUGAAAGAAUUAGCCCUCUCGCUGCCAGCCAAGGGAUGGGGAUCCUACAUCCAUCAUACCUUCACAAGCCAAAUGAUGAGAAGCAAAUGUUACAAAGUCCUCAAGAUCUUCUGUUGGACUUUGGAUCUGAAGUUGCAUUGAAGAGCAUAGUAACACGCCAGCUAAUACUUACCAAUCAUACUGGAAUUGAUGCUCCAUUCACACUAGAAGCUGAAUAUUUCAGUAGUUGUCCAGUUACCUCAGAAGAGCAAGGAAACAAUCUCUCUACAGCCAGCCUGCUGAAAAGAACAGCACAAAUCAGAAGACAUGCAGCCAAGAAAGCACAAUCAGCAUUUGUGCUGGCAUUACUGUCUCAUGGGAGAGGAGUGGCUUUCCAUGCCCAACCUUCCACAGGAACUCUGAAAGCCUUCCAGCAGCUAAUUAUAGAAAUAACAGCUUAUAACAACAUGUGGGGAGAGUACCAUGAUGAUCUCAUCUGUAGGGUGGGAGAUUUACAGCCUACAUUAAUUCCUAUGCAAAUAACUGUGAAAGGUUGCCCAAUCUUCUUGCAGAUGACAGGACCUCAGACUGACCAUCAAACAAAGAUACCAAUAAUCAGGUUUGGUGCUCAUGUCUCUGGUGGGGAUACGGUCUCCCGCUGCAUCAGACUCAACAACCCCACUCCUUGUGACAUCCGCAUGGACUGGAAAACUUACAAUCAAGAAAAAGAUAAUGAGAAGCUGGUGGACCUCUUGCUGUUUUAUGGCCCUCAUUUUCCUAUUAAGGACGUAGAUGAGAAUGAGAUUGAGUCAAAUGCUAGCACCUCAGAGACUGAAAUCAUGUUAAACUGGGAUAAAAUCCCUAGCAGCCCAGACACCAUUUCUCCAGGUUCCCUCACGACAGAUGAUGAGUCAGAUGUAGACAACAAAGAAGAGGAAGGAAGGAGUGAUUCUGACAUCUGGAGACCAGUAAAUAAUCAAAAGAAAAUAAUCUCUGUGCUUAUACAAGCUCAUGAAGGGGUUCCUUCCGACUAUCCCUACUGUAUAACUCCUACACAAAUUGUUGUUCCUGCAGGUGGCAGUGCCUCCAUCCAUAUUUCCUUCACUCCACUCACGUUACCCAAGCUCAUUAACAAAAUUGAAUGCGAGGGGUAUGCAUUGGGUUUCAUGAGUCUAGACAGCAAGCUUGCACAAGGGAUACCUGGCAAGGUGACUCGUUCAUAUGGCUAUGGAGUUGCACCUUUGAGAAUGGACUUGCAAGCUUUUGUAAAACCUGCUCUGUUAACUGUAGAAAUGGAUCAUGAUGGAGGAAUGGUGUUUCAUUCCCUGGCAAGUGAUCUCAUACCAAAUCAGCCCCAUUCUGGAGUUUUGACAGAAUCAGUCAUUACUCACAACCUGAAACUCACCAAUUCCACAGAGGCUCCUCUGCACUUCAGGAUUCUUCUAUCUGUGCCCUUCACUGUGUCCAGUAUCGACCCCAACAGGAGCCUGAAAACAUCCCACAGCAACAGGGAGGAGCAAGGGAAGCAACUUCUACUUCAUCCACAGCAAAACAUGCUAGUGAAAGUGUCCUUUCACACAACUCUGGAGUUACUUACAUAUCAGAAUCUGCCAGCUGACCAGCUGCUCUCAGGAAUCAAAGUGCUCCAGUUUGAGAAUGGAGACAGGAAAGUGGAAUUCAGUCAAAAUCUGGUUAUUGAAUACAGUAACAAAACGACCCAGCUCGUGCCAGUGACUGCAUACCUUACUGUUCCAAUACUGGAGCUCUCUUGUAAGACAGUUGAUUUUGAGACCUGCUUUGUAGACCAAACUAGGACAGAAGAUGUCUUUCUGUUAAACAGGAGCAGAUGCAGAAGUUACUGGACUGCUUUACUGGACCAACAGGAACAGCAUAACAACCUGGAAAUAUUUUCCAUCUGCCCCACUCAUGGAAUUCUUGAGGCACAUGAAGCCAGCUUACCCACCAAAGCAACUUUAAAAAUCAGUUUUACCGCAAGGAGUAACGUGGAAUAUGAAACUACAGUGACUGUUUUUGGAAUGCUGGGAGAAAAGCCCUGCAAACUACAGAUCAGAGGCAGAGGAUCUUACGAUGAGAAAUAUGAAGAUCUCCGCUUAAUAUAAGAGAGACAGUAUAGAUUAGGUGUCAUUCUUGGCUAUUGAAGUCACUGGAAGUUACAUAUGUAUACUGAAUGGCACUAUUUAAACUACAUUGCCUAUAUUUUCUUGUACUUGAGAUUUAAAUAAAAAUUGUAGUUUUAAAAUAAAUGCCAAGUAAUGUAUAACAAAGAAUUUUACUGAACUAUGAUAACUGUCUAUUGGACAAAUCCCAUUCAAGAGGUGUUGAAUCAAAGUAGUAUGUGUUGAGUUUUAUAGUUACUUUUUAUUGGCAUAUGCCCAUGGAUACGUCCAAGGUAUCUGUUUUUACAAAGCAGGGCAAUUUUAAAAGAACUGUGAAGGAGGCUCCUGUAACUGUUUAGUUUGCUCCUUGGCUUAAAAGUAAGUCAGCCGUUAAUUCCACGUUAUAAUAGUUAGGUACAAACUAGAGUCAGAAACAGUGAACAAGACCAUCAUUCUGACUGCCUCAGUUUCUUUCAGUGCCUUGUAAUGUGAAAGUCAAUGGGAGCUGGGUAUCUAUAUUCCUUAGGCACCUUUAAAAAAUACCAACCUAAAUGUUUAACUAGUAAGUGUCUGGGAGUUGGUCAUGGCCCCCUAUCCCUGCAACUACAGAAGGGGGAUUCCAUCCCACUUCAUUUUCUUACCCUCCCUUGGUUCCCACCUACUCACACUUUCCUGUUUACAGUAGUACCAAUAAAACUGAAAGUCAGUCUGAUAUUCCCAUUUCUGAGAGCAUAACAGUUUCCCACCCUCAUCCUGCAACAAAAGUAUUUUGCAGGCAGUUAUGGGGAAUCUUUGUUGGCAAAGAGCAGAAAUAGAAGUAGUUUUAGCAAGCGUCAGACAGGUUUGUUCAACCAAUCAGAAUCCCAUUUAUCCAUAAAAGCCUGGGCCAGAAUUUUCAAAUGUGGGCAUGCGAAGUGAGGCAUCUCAUAGACUUUAAGGCCAGAAGGGAUGAUUGCGAUCAACUAGUCUGACCUCCUG